AUGGCACUUGCGUUUGCAGAGUUGUCACUUUUUCCGGCGAUCCGAGAGCAAGUUCUCGAAUCCCGGAGACGCACCUCCUUCCAGUGGGCGAAGGGGCUCACCAUGGAAGAAUACAUACUGAGAGAUGCUAUCAUGGAUGAGCAUGAACAUGCGCUAGGGGGAAAACUUAUAACCUGGGUUCUGGCACCUCGGACCAAUCCUGAGACAUUGGACUUCAUGUGUUCAUGCGAAACCUUCCGCCGCACGGGAUUGAUCGCGAAUCAGUCUUCAACCGGGCAGUCACAACCUGUGGAGGUCACUGCAUACGGUAUUGCUUCAGUAUUCACCCCACCUUCGAAGAGAAGGAAGGGAUAUGCCCAGCAUAUGCUGCAUUUACUCCAUUGGGUUCUUGCUCCACGUUCUGCUCUACCUGCCGUCUUUCCGCCGUCUUGGGGGUCACCUCCACAGAUUGCAGACAGUUUCAGGACCAGAAAUGCACAUUUCUCCGUCUUAUAUAGCGAUAUCGGCGGUCAAUUCUAUCGAGCGUGUGGACCUGAUGUGGAAGAAGGGAAUGGAUGGCUCGUCAGUGGUGCCCGGGAGACGGUCUACAUUCCGGAAACUUCUGUCAGGCAGACGACUAACGUCGACACGAAAUGGGAGUGGUUAACAGAGGACACAGUAAAUUCUGUCUGGAAGAGGGACGUGAAAGACAUAAAAGCCGACAUGAGGGCCGCUGCCGCUGCCAGCAACUGUACUCUAUUCUCAUUUCUGCCGCACAAUGGCGUGGGCGUCUACACGAUUCGAAGGACAAUGUCUUUCGAUUCGGAUCGAACACCCGUCUUGCCUACGGCUAUAUGGGGAGUCCUGCUUCGGCAAGACCUCGACGAAUCUGGCGGAGAACCACAAACUUUCGCAACAUGGACGCUCGACGUGCGAGACCGGCCUCGUACAUUGGUGGUGACCCGUAUUCGUGCCACCAAGUCGAGCUUUCCACAGUUGUUGGCUAAAAUAGUAGAGGCCGCACAGAAUGAGAAGACAGAGAGAAUAGAGAUAUGGGGUCUACGGGAGGAAUGGUAUUCGCUGGCAGAAGAAUUGGGCUGGAAGACCGGAGAGAGAGCUGAGCAUCUGUCUGCGUUCAAGUGGUAUGGCAGGGAGACCGAUGACGAAGUCGAAUGGAUGUUCAACGAGAAGUUCUGCUGGUGUUAG